AGUUAUUAGCUAGGAUAAUAUGGAUUUACUUUAUAAUCUGCAAAUCCGUUAGAGUGAGAGUACACAAAUGGAGAGUCUGUUGAAAGAUUUCGUUAUCGAGCACAAGAAACCAUCUAUUGAAGCUUCGAAGCGAUGGAGAUCCGCCGUGGCGUUGGUAAAGAACCACCGCAGACGCUUCCGCAUGGUCCCAGAUCUCCAGAAACGUUCCGAAGCUGAACAAACAAGGAAGCUAAUUCAGGAUAAAGUUCGACUUGCUCUCUUUGUUCAAAAGGCAGCACUGCACUUUAUUAGCGCAGGUGGUCCAGCUCAAAACCAAGAGGGAAUCACAAUUGCCCGGGGUAUGUACGAUGGUUUAGGAAUUAUACUCAGUGUGCUUUUGGUAGUCACUGUUACUUCUGUUAGUGACUACCAGCAAUCCUUACAGUUCAGGGCUUUAGACAACGAGAAGAAGAAAAUCUUCGUCCAUGUCGUUAGAAACAAAAGAAGACAAAAGAUAUCAAUUUAUGACGUGGUAGUCGGAGAUAUUGUUUAUCUGGCAACUGGAGAUCAAGUUCCAGCUGAUGGGAUUUACAUAUCUGGAUAUAGCUUGUUGGUUGAUGAAUCUAGCUUGACAGGUGAGAGCGAACCAGUAAAUGUGCAUGAAGACAAACCAUUUCUUCUUUCAGGAACCAAAGUGCAAGAUGGCCAAGGGAAAAUGUUAGUGACAGGCGUUGGCAUGAGGACUGAAUGGGGAAAACUAAUGGAAACUUUGAACGAAGGGGGAGAAGAUGAGACCCCAUUGCAAGUAAAAUUAAAUGGGGUUGCUACAAUUAUUGGUAAGAUUGGUUUGACUUUCGCAGUGCUGACAUUUUUGGUGCUAACAACAAGGUUUUUGGUGGAAAAGGCAAUUCAUGGUGAUAUUACUCAAUGGUCAUCGAAUGAUGCAAUAAAGCUGCUAAACUUUUUUGCUAUUUCUGUUACAAUAAUAGUUGUUGCUGUUCCAGAAGGAUUACCUUUGGCGGUGACACUUAGCUUAGCUUUUGCAAUGAAAGAAUUAAUGAACGAAAGGGCACUUGUGAGGCAUCUUUCUGCGUGUGAGACAAUGGGUUCAGCCAGUUCCAUUUGCACAGAUAAGACAGGGACAUUAACCACUAACCAUAUGGCGGUUGAUAAAAUAUGGGUAUGUGAAAAAUCCAUGGAAAUAAAAGGCAAUGAAAGUGGAACUGAACUUAAAGAAGAGAUAUCUGAAGGAGUUCUAGACGUCCUUCUGCAAGCUAUAUUUCAAAAUACUUCUUCUGAAGUAGUUAAGGAUAGAGAUGGCAAGAACACAAUACUGGGAACACCAACAGAAUCGGCAUUAUUGGAAUUUGGCUUGCUUUUGGGUGGUGAUUUUGAUGCCCAGCGCAGAUAUUAUAGGAUACUUGAGAUUGAACCCUUUAAUUCAGUUCGAAAGAAGAUGUCAGUUCUUGUGGAUCUUCCUGAAGGAGGAGGGACACGAGCUUUCUGCAAAGGUGCAUCAGAGAUAAUAUUACAAACGUGUGACAAGUUUAUUGAUUGCAAUGGAGAAACCAUUAAUCUUGUUGAAGGCCCAGCAAAGAAUAUUUCUGAUGUUAUAAACAAUUUCGCCUCGGAAGCUUUAAGAACUCUUUGUUUGGCUGUGAAAGAUAUAAAUGAAAACCAAGAGAAAACAAGUAUCCCUGAUAAUGGCUACACACUUAUAGCCAUUGUAGGAAUCAAAGAUCCUGUGCGCCCUGAGGUCAAGAACGCCGUCCAAACUUGUUUAGCAGCCGGAAUAUCAGUUCGUAUGGUCACUGGUGAUAACAUACAUACAGCUAAGGCCAUAGCAAAAGAAUGUGGCAUCCUCACCGAGGAUGGUAUAGCCAUAGAAGGAGGAGAAUUUCGAAACUUGUCGCCUGAACAAAUAAAGCAUUUGAUUCCAAGAAUCCAGGUCAUGGCACGGUCCUUGCCGCUUGAUAAGCAUACUUUGGUAUCCCAUCUGAGGAAUACGUUCGGUGAAGUCGUUGCUGUUACAGGCGAUGGAACCAACGAUGCUCCGGCACUGCAUGAAGCAGAUAUUGGACUUGCCAUGGGAAUCGCUGGAACUGAGGUUGCCAAACAAAAUGCAGAUGUGAUCAUAAUGGAUGAUAACUUCAACACAAUUGUGAGAGUGGCCAGGUGGGGACGGGCGGUAUACUUGAACAUUCAAAAAUUUGUCCAGUUUCAGUUAACAGCAAAUGUUGUUGCUCUUGUCAUCAACUUUGUUUCUGCAUGCAUCACAGGAUCUACGCCACUAACAGCUCUGCAGUUACUAUGGGUGAACAUGAUUAUGGACACUCUGGGGGCUCUGGCCCUAGCCACUGAGCCUCCUCAUGAUGGGCUUAUGAGAAGACCCCCAGUUGCCAAGGGGGCAACUUUUAUCACCAAAACCAUGUGGAGGAAUAUCAUGGGACAAAGUAUAUAUCAGUUAAUUGUCCUUGGCGUUCUCAAUUUUGAUGGCAAGAGGCUUCUCAGAAUUACCGGUGCAUCAAAUGCAACUUUUGUCCUCAACACUCUGAUAUUCAACUCCUUUGUUUUUUGCCAGGUGUUCAAUGAGAUAAACAGCAGAGAUAUAGAAAAGAUAAACGUGUUCAGAGGCAUAACUAAGAGCUGGUUAUUUAUAGGGAUAAUUUUCCUAACUGUGGGAUUUCAAGUAAUCAUAGUUGAGUUUCUGGGCAAAUUUGCUAGCACAGUGCCUCUGAGCUGGAAACUCUGGUUACUCAGUAUUGUGAUUGGAGCAAUCAGCAUGCCAAUAUCUGCCAUUGUCAAGUGCAUCCCAAUUGAAAGAGAUGCAAUAAUAUUCCAACAUCAUGAUGGUUACGAACAAUUACCUUCUGAUCCACAACAGCUAGCAUAGCUCAAGAGAGAUCAUUAAUAUUUAAGCAUUCAGACACACUCGAAAGUAACUCUCCUGUAAAUUUAAACCUGGAUAACCUGAAUAUGUAAAAUAAAUGUAUGUUCUUGGUUACUGGACCUAUUCUUUAUUAGAACAGAAGGAAAGUUUGAUAUUCAAUGUAAGCAUUUUAUUAAUAAUAAUAAGCUACCAUGCUUCCAUCCUAGAAUAGGAUUCUGUGU